GUCGCAGCAGUUUCUUGAGCAGACAUCAUCAAACUCUCUCUCUCUGUAUAUACCGUUUUCAUUUAAGAGACAGAGACAGAGACAGAGACCAUAGGCAAAAACGAGAGAAACCUCAACUGACUAAGAAGAGCAUCAUUAUCUAAAUUAAUGGAGGAUGAGCAGAAGAACACGGACCUGGAAACUGCUAGAGCAGACAGAUCUGUGUGGCUUAUGAAGUGCCCUGUGGUAGUCGCUAAAUCAUGGCAAUCUGUCCCCGCCGACUCUCAACAAAAUCUCUCUAAGGUCGUCGUUUCCCUCGAUCCUCUUCAUCCCGAAGAUCCUUCUUCUCUUCAGUUCUCAAUGGAGAUGGCUGGCAGUGAGAUUGCAAAUAUGCCGAAGAGCUACUCUUUAAAUAUGUUCAAGGAUUUUGUUCCCAUGUGCAUUUUCUCUGAAGCAAACCAAGGAAAAGUUGCUAUGGAAGGGAAAGUUGAACACAAGUUUGACAUGACACCCCAGAAUAAGAACAUGGAGGAGUACAGAAAGAUGUGCCGUGAACGAACAAAUAAGUCCAUGGUCAAGAAUAGACAGAUACAGGUGAUUGAUAAUGACCGAGGUGUGCAUAUGAGGCCCAUGCCUGGAAUGAUUGGCUUGAUUUCGUCUAAUCCUAAGGAAAAGAAGAAAGCAGCUCCAGUUAAGGCGCCUGAAGUUAAGAGAACUAGGAGGGAUCGUGGAGAACUGGAACACAUCAUGUUUAAGCUUUUUGAAAGACAGCCUAAUUGGGCUCUAAAGCAGUUGGUCAUAGAGACCGACCAGCCCGCGCAAUUCUUGAAAGAGAUAUUGAACGAUCUGUGUGUUUACAAUAAACGGGGAACGAAUCAAGGAACAUAUGAGCUGAAGCCAGAAUAUAAGAAAUCCAUGGAGGAUACAACUGCUGAAGAAUAAACACAAAGAUGGUGAUAGGUGAAAAUGAGCCAAGAGACAUGUUUACUAACCAACACCAAAAUUCUAAUUGGCAUAUGUUAUUAUAUCAUGUAUUGUGAUUUCAUACUUUGGGUUUUGUUCCUGUAACAAUAAGUCUUUGUAUGGUUCUUUCCAAAUAUAUGGGUUUUCCUGUAUGAA